ACCUGUUGUUUUGUCACUUUAUCUGAACCUGUGCGUGUGUGUUUUGUGGGGAGUAAGGGAGUAAAAGUAAUCUGUAUUGUAAGGGAAUAGUUGGCCGUUUAAAAGAGGUAUGGGGUAAAUAGAAUAAUUUCUGAUGCAAAACACAGGGUAUUUAGUAUGAAAUUGAGUGUAACUGUUGAUUAAAUUCCCUUGUUAGAAAAGCGUUAUCAACCGUGUGUGGUGCCUUUUCUUAACUUUACCUCUUGUACCAAAUAUUGCUCUCACAACAACAAAAUGAUGGUUUAUCAUUCUAAUCCCCCGUAAUGAAUUUUGAACUGUGUGAACCAAUGCGGAUGUGGUACAAUUCCUUCUAUUGAGAAUGACAAUAACUGCUAGAUAGCCAUCUCACAUGAUCCGCAAACUAUACAUCAACAAUCUGGACGCUAUUAAACCCAAGUCAAAAGGAUGGGAUGGUGUAUAUUGUUAUCUGUUUUCAAAAGCCCUUAUAAGAGGAGCUUAAGACAGAUUGUGGAAAUCCAUUAAUUCUCUGAAAAAAAGGUGUAUUGCCUUGUAUGAAAUCACAGGAUUUGUUGGGAGGGGAUGAAUUUAACCUGUAAUAGCUUUACCUCGGCUGUGCACAUUGUCAGACUGAAAGACUGCCGCACACAGAUAAGGCGCAUGAUGCAUGAUUGUGAAUACCAACAACAUAGAGAGACAGCCUUUCUGAAUGUACUCUAACCAUUUGUGUUUAUCUUCACUGAGAAUAAACAAAUCUAUCAGUAUAACAGCACAUGUCAGUAGCGUGAGUCAUUCAUUCAGCUUCCUUAUUACUGUGUGUAAUUAGUAUGCUUUGUUGUUGUCAGUAUAACACUCAUUUACUGAUCUAUUCAUUUACAAAAUGUAAUUCCUUGAUAUAGAAAAGGGACAUUAUGAAAUACAUUUAAGAGCUAAUCCUUAAUUUCAGCAUGAUACAAGUCAGGCCAUACUAACAAAAAAAAACAUUCAUCUUUAAAUCCAGGUUUCUAAUACCAAGCAAUCCCCUUUUCUCUAAAACCUCAACAAUAAGGAUCUUAGGAGCUCUCCACUUCUCAUUUUAUGCAGUGAAAUCUGAUUUCUUUUGGAGAAAGGAAUGAAGCAAGAUUAACUGAAUCUGCCGUCCUCCCUAACCUCUUCACAAAACUGCCCAGAUUAGCUAGGAAUUAAGUUUCAACCGUUUCAUGUGUCUGGUCCACAGGGGGGAUUAUGGUUUUACUUCUUUUUUUUUGCCUCCCAAUUUCACUAUAAGGGCCUGACACGCUGUUGUAGAGAGAGGAGAAGCAGAAGAGCAGCCGAGCCUGAACUGUGGCAAAGUGUGUCAGUAUCCUGGCAUCAUUGCUGCUUUUGUUUAAUUGUAAUUUGUUUGGAGAUGAAUGGACUCAUCAGGAUGGAAAGACAAAAGUUUCCUUUCACUAUUGAGAACAUAUUGAGCAACUAUCCAAACAGCAAUGGAGAAAGACGGGCAUGUGGAACAAGUGGCGCUGGAAUAAAGGAGAAGGCAGUGAGUCCUGCUGGAGGCCAGACAGAGGCUAUCCAUCAUGCCUGCCUGUGCUGCUGCUACUGCUCCCACUGUGGAGACAUAUACCAGGCUGACUUCAUUCAUGAAGACCUCCUACCUGCAGCCUGUCAGUACAGUUGGCCCCCAGCGAUGCUCACAGACCCCUGCAGGCUCGGAGAUGCUCACAGGGAGGAGCAGACAGCUGGGCAGGUGCAGAGGAGAACCAGACGUCACCGCACUAUAUUCACAGAGGAGCAGCUGGACGCACUAGAGGAGCUGUUCCUACAGAACCAGUAUCCAGAUGUUACCACAAGGGAGAAACUAGCACAGCACACUCACUUAAGGGAAGAGAGAGUAGAGGUUUGGUUUAAAAACCGAAGAGCAAAGUGGAGGCGCCAGAAAAGACUAUCGUAUGUUGUGGGAAGCACAGAAAAUUAAUUUUGUAUGGUGUGUAUUACCUGCAUCCUUGAAAAAGCUGAAAGCCAUGUAUGUCUGAGAGCUUAAGUUACAUACAUUUUCUAAAUACUAUUGUUAUUUAAUAGAAAGCUGGACAAAUGAUUUUUAUGAUUCUUCCAGCUUUUUGUGUCAGUUAAAUCACAUGUUGUAUUCAAAUUCUUUCACUCUAUUUGGAAAAUAAGGUGAAAAUUAACCUGACUUUAUUCUCAUAGAUCUCCAUAUUGGUCAAUUUAAACCAGUGAUUUUCUGCCUGGGGGCUCAGAAGAUUACUGGUGGUGUUUACCUUUGUAUUCUUUAUCUUGGCAGAUAACAGGGAUCAGAGUGAAACUACUGGGAAUUACUCUGAAUGCAUGGUAUAACCACAGAUUACUUUACAAAGGGUGAUGUUAAUACUAAAUUUGAAAGUGAGUAGACCUGAUCUUAAACAUUUUCUAUAACAAUAUUAUUAUUGCACUGAAAAUCCCACUAUCUUUCACAUAGCUCUACAUUUGUAUAAACACAAUACAAAAUAAAAAAACAAUACCAACAUAACAACCCAGAGUUGUAGCCUGAUCAGGGCCUUUACAGAUAUUCAUUCUAAUGUCUAAACUAAAGGAAUACUUGUUUCACUUUGUGUGCUCAGUUAAUACUAUCAUGUGGACCUUUAUGAAUCAUUUAAUUCACAUUUACAUGAAAGUUAGGAGCAUUCGUGUAACCAAAAUAUGACUUGCUCUUGUUUAUCUUGUAAGCUUGACAAAGAUUGUGAAUGGAUAAUUAAAUGUCACUUGGAGUUUUCUUAAUUUUUCUUUUUUUUAAAAUGCACUCUUGUGGGCAAUAUAAACUGGGUAGUUUUAACAUCA